AUGGGAAAAGCGAUGACAAGUGAGCAAUUUGUCUUUCAGGUCCUCAACCUCUGGCUAGUGGAUUUGGAUACCUUGGUGGAAGUCCUUUCGCACGAGGGUUUUUCCAAACCACCCCCACGACAACAACGACAACAACGACUACAACAACCACGACCCAAGCAACUACGGCCGCGUGGGAAUACCAAGAAGUGGACUCGGAUGACUCAUAACUCCAACUAUGAAAAUGAUGCCAAUGAAAGUCCUCUGAUGGCUUUUGAUCUUAUAUUUGCUAAUGUGUUAACUAAAGCAAUAAAAGCGAUUGUGGUAAACUCUUUCGUUUUAACGGGAAAUUGCUUCAUGUGA